UGGUCUUUGCAUGCCGUUUCGUGCUAGCAGUUGCAAGCGCGCAAUGGACAGCGACGAAGAGGCGGAAGAGAUCGCGUCCGACGAUGGCGACUUUAGCGUCCAAGACCGCGACGACGAUGCGUACAGCGUCGAGUUUGAAGACGACUUUGAAACGCCGUCGCCGCCCAAGGCCAAGGCGAAAGCACCGCCACCGAGAGCCCCGCCUGUCAAAGCGCCACCGCCGCCGAAAAGCGAGACCAGCGAGUACGACAACGACUACGACGAUGACUUUGAGAACGACGACGCCAAGUCGGAAGCCGCCAAGUCGGAUGCCUACGGCGAUGCGUCGUUCGAGAACGACAGCCGCGCGAGCAGCCCGCGGCACCACGUCAACCUCUCCGUGCCGACGCGGCCACCGUCACCAACGCACGCAUCGCCCGACCCUGUGCUCCUUCUCAAGCAGCAAGCCGCGCAGCAGUCGCCCGGAAAGCUCAGAAUCCUCGAGCGCAUCGAUGAGGCGCCUCCUGCCGUGACCAACACGAGUGCCUCCAACAAGUACAUUCGGCAACUCGAAGCGCAGCUGCUCGAUGAGAACGAGGCACUCAAGCACGAGCAUGCCAUGGCGUUGCGUGCGGCGAGUGAGCUCAAGAACGAGCUGCGCUUCACCCAACAGCGGCACCUCGACGAGAAGCGACUGCGCCAGGAGAAAUUCCAGCUCAAGAAGAAGCGGGCCGACGAGCGCCGACUCCAGCACGAGCUCUUGCUCCAGACAACGAAGAAUGCGCUCACCGACCUCGAGCUCAAGUACGUGACGCUCGAGGCGUCGUUCGUGGCCAAGGUGGCCGAGUGCGAAGCCCUCCACGCCAAACUCGAGGUGACGGAGCGCGAUCGACGCACGCUGGAAGAGCGUCAAUUGCAGCUCUCCGAAAUGUACCAGAAUUGCCUCGGUGAUUUGCACAGCGGCAACGCCAAGCUCGAAGCCGCCGUUGACGCCCGGCAGGCGACGCAGCAAAAGUACGAGCAGGCGCUAUUGGACCACCGGGUGGCGAUCCAAGUCGUCGAGCAGCGAUGUGCGAUCCAGCUCCAAUGCAUGCAGGAGACGCUGCAAAAGACCUUGAAUGAACGAGACGUCGAGAAGGUUGCGCUGCCCGAGAACCACCGGCUCAUCGUCGAGGCCCAGCGCGAACGCUUCGAGAAGCUUGAGGCUGCCGUGCUGCAAGAGAAGAAGGACCUCGAAGCCGCGUUUCGGCGCGAGCGCGAGCGAUACGAGAAGAGCUUGGCAAUGGCCAACGAGCUGCGCAUCCAGGCUGAAGAGCGCGCCGAUACGCGCAUCCGAGACGAAGCCAUGAAGAUUUACAGAGAGCGCGACGCGAUCGACGAGCAACGGCGGCAGCUUCUCUCAAGCCUGGCGAUUCAGAAUGCCCGACUCGACGACGAGCGUGGCAAACUCGAGGCCCUUCGCACGCAGCUCGAAGAGAAACGACUCAAGCUCGUCCACGACGAGCUCCACGUCGAAGCGUUGGCCAAGUCCAACAACACCCGACUCCUCGAGCUCACGCGCGACGAAGACGUCAUCAAUCGUCGCAAGCGCGAGCUCCUCGACCUCAGCGCCACAACACUCGAGAAAUCCAAAAACUAUUCGCAAGUCGUGCGAGAGCUGGACGAGAAGAAGGUGCUGCUCGAAGAGCUCAAGAUCAAGUACGACCAGCUCGUGGCCUCGACGAAACAACGCACGACCGACGCCGACCAGAAGAGAGAGGCGCUUGAACGGGAAAAGGCCGCGCUCGACCGGUCGGCCUACCAGCUGCACCAAGACAAGCUCCAGCUCGCAAAGCAGCGCCUCGAAGCGCGCCAAAUGCUCGAUGGAACGCGCAAAUUGGACGGACUUUUGCGGCAACAAGCCGCGUUGAGCUACCAGCCACACGUCAUGUAUGCGAGUCCGCCGCCGCCAGCAUACUACGCACAGCGCCCACAAAUGGCACCGGCACCAUUUUUCAUCCCGCAGCACACGGACAUGCCCAAGCUCGCCCAGUUCCUCGCCACAUGGGACGAGUUCAAUACGCGACCUGGCUUUGAAAAGUCACCUGACGUCGUCUUUGAUGCGAGCAGUAGUAACCAAGCCCUUUGA